GUGCAUUGAGCACAAACAAAAAAUUAAGUCUUUUUUACAGAUAUGCCUUCUCCAAAAGUAAUUUUAUCACAAGAGUGAGCAGUGCAAAAGGAGUCCUUACAAAAGAGUUCCGGAAAACGGAAUGUAAUAAUGAAUUUUUGCUGAGCACCAUUCUGAACAGUACAUCGAAAAAGAUUAAUAACUGGAAAACAAAAUAAGGUACAUAAGCUGAAUGCUCUUAUAUAAUGGCGACAUGUUUAUGUACCAUAAAAGCAGUGCUCAUUUGAUGGAUACUAUUUAAAGGUGUUUUUAGUAUUGAAAAAAGCGAGUGGCACUUUUCAAAGCUGUGCUAAUGCAACAUACAAAAGGAAGUACACAAUACGAGCACAGUUUCAAUUCAGUUUAAUGCAACAUGCCGGAAACUGAACUAAAUAUUUUAGUAAAAACAAAGGCAGUGUUUCAGUUGUUGCCUCGGCCACUGGACAAUGUCAUGAUACAGCGUUCUCCAAAGGUGUCCAUAGAAGACCUGUCAUGUCUAGAAUGCAUGUCUAGAAGAGAUCAAACACAAGUCGUACUGCAGACGUUUAUGCUAUGCUUGAUCAAGCAUUGUCUCAGGUAGAUGUCUGCACGCGGUAACUGAAGGUAUUCACCUAAGAUACAUAAUUGUAAGUCAUGUUAUAAAUGUCUAGGUCAUUACUCAUUCUGUCACUAGCUACUGGUAGAGAUAGAAACAAAUUAAAUACGAAGCGCAAUAAUAGACAGUACAUAAAAGAAACAACAGGUCAAGGUACUUUGUCCUGUUGUUUCUUACCUGUGCUACUGCCUUGCCCUGCCAUUUCUUUUGUGUUGUAGAACACUUGAAUCUGUCACAUUGCAGAAUUAAGCUGUGGCUGCAUGAAGCUGGCUCGUGAGAGAAGGACAAAGCCUUAAGUCAUUGCCUUUUUCCUCUCAAAUUCUGAGGCGUCCUGGUUCACCAGUGCCCACCAUGACAGUCGCCAUUACAGACGUCGCAUACGUCGGCCUGCUUCUCGUCUCAGUCGUAGCAGGCAACUUUGUGCACCGCAUCAAGGAGGUGCGACACCGCCGGGUCUACUGCACCGCCCUGGGAGCCUUUCUGGUUCUGUUAGUGUCCGGCCGCCAUGCGGUGCACCCCUGCAUCGUCAGCGUUGUCAACGCCUUCAUCGUCACCACCUGCUCCGUCAAAUAUCGGGCAAAGGCAAGCUUUGUGUUCUGCUUCGGGUACCUUGCAUUCUUCAAGUAUCUGAAGUUGUGGAGCACUAACCCACCACCGGGCAUCACCAACCUUGUCCAGAUGAUGCUCACACUACGAAUGGCAGGACUGGCUAUGGAACAGCAGAUCCUACAUGAGCAGCACGAGGAAAAGAGGACUGAGAAACAGACUUACGAAGAGGGCGACAUGAAGCCUGGCUUUUGGGACGUCAUUGACUAUGCCUUCUGCUACAUAGGCGUGCUCGUCGGCCCGUACUACCGGUACCGGACGUACCGCGACUUCCUGAAUGCCCCCUACUUGGAUUCGGUCGACCGCAAGGGCAUGUGCCUGAACCGUGUCAAGGUGGUGCCAAUAUAUGCGCUGCUUUGGCUGCUCUUCGUACAGUUCUUCCCACCCGAUUACUUUGGCUCCGAGGACUUCUACCAACACGGACUGCUAUACAAGUUGCUGUACCUGACGCCCAUGUUCAUCAUCUUCCGGCUACGGAUUUACAUCGGUUUCGUGCUUGGCGAGUGUGUCUGCAUCAUGGCUGGUCUUGGCAUCUACCCGACCGAAUCAAAGGCAGCGCCUGGAGUCGGCCCCACCGACAUCGAUGCCCUGCUCAGCGUGUGGCAGGGCAAAAGCGGCGACUGGGCAAAGCAGGAGUUCGACUACGAGACCAUACACAACAUUGACGAGGCACAGGCCGAACUGAGCACCACCAUGCGCAUGGGCAUCCGCAGCUGGAACCGCACCGUCCAGUACUGGCUGGCCGUCUACUUCUACAAGCGGCUGCUGCUGCCCAAACCACUCAGGACAAUGCUGACGAUGACCCUCAGCGCCAUGUGGCACGGGCUCGAGCCGGGCUACUUCCUGUGCCUGGUCACCUCGACUGCUUACAUAGUGGGCGAGGAGCAGGUAGAAGUGCUGGUGGAGCGCCAGCGCUCCCUGGUGGUACGCCUCGUGGGGCGUCUCCUCCUCUGGUUCUGCAAGAUGCAGUCCUUCACGUACAUGCUGGCCGCUUUCCUCCUGCUCGACAUCCAGCGCACCUGGCAGUACUACCACUCCGUCUACUUCGUGGGCCACGCGUACGUCGCCGUGCUCCUGCUUUGGCGGCUCGUGGCGCCACUCCACCGGAUGCCGAGUGCCAAGCUCAAGCAGUAGGAAGCGCUGGCUCAAACAGAAUGGUGCAGUGCACAGACUAGCGGAGAGUUAUAGCCAAUGAGUAAUUUAUUAUAGUUAUUUAAUCCCAUCUCAUGGUCAAACGUUUCCCGAGCUUUUGAUAGUCUUCCUUAUCACACAUCAUGGUCACAAAUUGCAGUGACAUAGUCAUGUUAAAAACAACAUAUUUUCUGGUUUGGCACGCUGCCGUACUUCGCUCGUAAGCAGAAAGCACGGGGGAGAGAAGAACAGGCCUCCAAUAGGUUUCAUUGCACGUUGGUGGCGUAGCACCACAUUUUAUGUACUAUAUAUAGUCCACAUCUGGUGUUAAUGUCACAAAGACAAAAUACGCCGUUUCAUAGAUAGUUUGCAACAGCGAUGCAGUUCGCAGGGACGAACUAAGGCCGAAAAUAUGAUCUUCAUAGAUUGCCUACAAAUAGAAUACACUCAGUAAGCAAAAUAUUUAUUAAUCAGUAAGACCCUUGGUCUUUUAUUAGACUGCACAUUAUUAGACAUUCCCAGCUGGUUUUGCUACGUGAUUUAGCACGGUAAAAGGCUCCCGGCACAGUCCGGCCACAUUUUUUUUAAAGUGAGUCUAUGAUCUCAAAGAACUAAACACCACACAAAUUUUCAACAUCUCAAGGCGUAGUUCGUGAACGCCAGUCCAGUAAACAUGGUACACUAGUUCAUCCCCAUCACAAUGUCUUUGGUCCCGUACGAGGAACAUUGCUCUUCAGCAAGGCAUGACCAAGUCACAUCGCUAAUGCUCCAAGCGAGUCGUGCCCCUGUGCAUCAAUUUUAUCAAUGGCUGCAUUAGUGUAGUGCAGUCAUCAGUAAUAAAAGGCAUUAAACCUCUUUUUGCCCCAUCAUGGCAGUUGCCAUGAUGACAAAGCAUGCCUGAGCUCCACACCACAGGAUGUCACCGAUCAUCUUUUCUUGGCUACAUGCUUGCUCUGCUUUGAAGUACUGUUUUAAGCACAUUGUGCACACCUAACUCCCCGAAACAGUGGGUUCCUGUAGCCGUUGCAUAAAAGUCAAUUUCAACACUUCACAUGCAUGCGCUGCAGGUUGUCCAGGCUGGGCUUUGCACUAAAUGUUCAAGGCUCAGCCACAAUCAAGACUCAAUAAUGUGCAGUCAUCAAUAGUCUGCGAUUAAAUAGGAAAUUAUUAUGAUAGUGUGUUAUAAUGUCGGUAUAUGCGACUCACUUUAAGGAGGAAAACUAUCAUGCUAUCAUUUCAUUUAAUAUAGCUUGAUUUCGAGCGCAGCAGUUUCCCGUACGCUUGGUGCAUCGCCAAAUGAAGUCCUAAUGUCACAAUCAUGGAAGCACUGAUCAUGUCGUUCGGUUCAGCUUUAAUUGUAAUGCAUUUGAAGUUUGGUACUAUAUGACAGGCAGUACAUAAUUUGGUUCAUGCGUUUGCCAAAGGAAGCUGUAAAACAGGCUAGAAUGGAUUGGGUCUGCCUCAGCGAAUGGUGCAAGGUGAUUGAGGAAUGCAGCUGAACACUUAAUGUGUUCGCAACCUGUCUGGUUCUUUAACAACACAACCUGUGAAGCAUAUUACAAGAAAGGAAAAUGGCACAGGUACACUCAGCAUAGCGAACAUUUGUAUAUAUGUGUGCUCCUAAUGUAAUAUAGAUGAAUAUGUAUUCAAAUACAGUGAAAUAAAUGUAUUCAAAAACAGUGAGACAUUGAUAUAAAGAACAAGAAUAUAUAACAAAUUAUUGGAUGAGACUAAGUAAAUCUAAAAUAAAGUUGGCCAUGUUUUAAUUUAAUGAGCAUUCUACUGCUACCAUGAAACUGAAUAUGCCUGAUUCGUCGCGGUAUUGGUUACAGCAAAUCUCUGUUUGCACAUGGCUCGAAUUGACAUGAGUAAAAAAGGAGAUGGAGCUCAUAUCGGACAGAAGCUUGGCCUGGCCUGGCUUUGCACAAUUUCGUAGAAGGGCCCCAAAUGUGGGUGGUAACAUAAGAUGGCACCAAUCUUUGUCUAUUCUUCCACAACGAAUAUCGGGUACACAGAAACAAAUUUUGCUCCGAAUGGGACUUCGUUACAUUGAGGCUCAAGUGCACAAACACACCUGGUGCUUACGACGAAGCAAAGUUUGUGCUAGAUUCCUCUGUCCUUGAACAAACUACCGAGUAUGCCAAUAGAUGGCAUGCUGAUUCUGAGCAACACCCCAUUUCCUGUGACUUGGUUUUCAAGUUUGGUACCAGUGCAAGUACCAGUACCAGUGCAAGUACCAGUACUAGUACAAGCAAGUGCACUACCUCCCAUAUACUAGCCAGAAAUAGCCUCAUCCAAUCCGGCCGAGUGUAGUUUCUUGUUCGCUUUUAGCCGACCGCCGUCAUCGUAGACCAUUUACACAGCAGCUCACUUGUGACAAUACCAAAUGUAUCGGUAACUAUUUGUGACUUGGUUUUGCGAUAUAGCUAAUAUCGAAAUAAUUUUCAAACUCUUUUAGUGCUGUAUAAAUUUGCUGCACUGAGUGAGUAAUUAGUUAUCCUAAGAUUUGAUUGGUCAUGCUUUAUUUCAAUAGGAGUUAGUACUGCAGACAUGGAAAGGAUACUGCAUUCCCCAAUGUACCGUUGAUCCUACUGAAUGAAAGUUUCGCUCGUUUAGAGCUCACAGCUUUAACUGCUAGAUGCAAAAGCACUACAUGUUACUAGUAUACACGCACAAACUAACACCAGCCCCAGUUUCAUGCCAACGCACCAAAUGCCUUUCUUUGGAUUUUAAGUUUACCUCAUCACACUCCUUAAUUCACCUCAUCGCACUCCUUUCUGGAUUCUUCGAAGAAUCUUAGUGUGAAGGGCAAGAAGUGUG